AUGAGUUCUGGGGACACAACGGAUGACUGCACUGCGGCAGGAAUUUUUACCCUCAUGGAUGGGCAAUUAUUUAGCGAAGGGAAAAUAAUAUCUGCUGACGGCGAUGGUUACGCACUUUUUGCUAUUGAUCAGGGUGGCCAGUACACCACCACCUUUUCUCUUGGUGUAAUUUCGCUCACGUGGUCAAAUCCUGCUUUCUCAAGCUUUUUCGCGACAUUCUACCUGUCCGAGGGUAAAGUAUAUGCAGCCUUUGAGGAUGGAAAUUCUCCUGCUGAUGCAGUUGAGGUCUCCCUCAACUUUUUACCCACAUCUUCAUGUGGCAAUGUCACUAGCUCGAGUGUUGCUAGCUCGUCAAUAGCGACUGUUUCAUCAUCGAGCGCAACGUUUUCGACAUCACCCAGCUCUUCCAUCAAUACAUUUUCAAGCAGCCAAUCGGAGCCCUUAAGCUCACCUACAUCAUUUUCGACAUCCACCUCAAGUCUUGCAACUUCAAGUAUUCCCAGCGCCUCAUCUAGCUCAAGCAAUCUAUUCAGUAGCACCUCAAUCAGCUCGGGCAUAUCUACUGGAAGCACUUCCGUUUCAAGUUCUAGCAACGGCUUCACUAGCAAAAGCUUGAGUAGGAGCCUCAGCAGCAGUAGUUUAUUUUCUAUAAGCAGCUUUAGCUCACGAGCGCCCUUCAGUAACAGCAGUAGCCAAGCUCCAACCACUGCUUCCAGUAAUAGCAUCCCACAAAGCUCCAAGUCACUCAUCAGCAGCACGCGUGCAACAAGCCUUAGCACUAUCUCAAGCGAAACCUCCUCCGUAAGUAGCUUGAGCAGCUCCGGAAGCACGUUAGAGCCCAGCACCAGCUUGGGUAGCAGUUCUAUUUCUUCAGCAAGCAUCUCCGGAGGCUCUUCCAGCAGUGCUCUGAGCAGUGUCAGCAGCUUAAGCAUCAGCGCUAUUACCUCCAGUAGUACGGUUCAAAGUUCCUCGAGUCAUUCUGUUGUGAUACCAAGCAGCAGCUCGAGUGGAACUCAAGCGAGUGCGAGCAUCUCCUCACUCUCUUCUUUCAGCCACUCAACCAUUUCGGCUUCCUCGGCAGCAUCAAAUGCACAUUCUAGCUCCACCAUAUCUGCCAGCAGCACCAUUCAAUCCAGUGUUAGUGGCACUUUCUACGUGCUAGUUUCUCCAACGGUGGAAGUCAAUAGCUUGCGAAAACGUCAAGAAAUCUCUCUGGCAUAUCUCGGUGACAAUGGCAGUACAGUUGAAAGCUGCAAUGAUGCCGCAAGAUAUUCCAUAAACGAUGGGCAACUGAUAGGUGCAGGUGGUUCAAUUUCAACCAACCCCGGAACAGAUAGCCAGCUUCUUAUCCCCCUUGACCCGGCUGGAUCUAUUGCCCAAACAUGGAGCAUGGUCGCAGAUAUCCUCAUCUGGUCCAAUCCAGCAUUUCAGCUCGGCGUUGCUGAAUUCUGUGCUUACUCAAAUGAGGGCCAAGCAUUUGCUGUCCUGAAUGGGAGCACUCCUUUAAGUUGUAAUUUGGUUGCACUCGUCGCGCUGCCAGAGUCACAAUGCCCAACGAACACGACAGGCUCUAGCACCAGUUCUCCACCGAUUGGCUCGACAAGCUUGGCAUCUGGCGCAUCAUCUAGCCACACAUCAGGUUCAUUCUCAGCUUUGUCAAGCUCAUUAUCAAGCCUUACACCCAUUUCCAGCUUCUCAACAAGCCAAACGGCCAGCAUCACAGUACCCACCAGUUUACAAUCUACUCCCGUGUCGGUUUCUUCAUCGGGCCUUCCUAGCUUCAGUUCUAGCCCGUCAUCAAACGCAGCUUCUUCCCUCCUAUCUAGUCUCUCUUCUAUUUCAUCUUUGGGCUCUUCGUCCAUAAACCCUUCCAGCUUACCCUCUGCGGCCUCUUCCAGUCUUUCAUCUAUCACGACCUCGAUCAUUUUGCCCUCAAGCGCUCUUUCCAGCUUUCUUUCAAGCCUAGAGUCGAGCCUCUCAGCGAGUCUGACGUCUGGGAUCUCCGGGAUCUUAUCGGUGUCGUCUCGACUUCCAUCUGGGGGUUCAUCUGGGGGUUCAUCUGUAUCACCAUCCGGUCUCCCUUCGAGCUCGAUCGGUAUACUGUCGAGCAUAAGCGGGGCUUCUUCAAGCCCGAUUGCAACUGCGAGCUCGUCUUCCACCGCAACUAUAUCUGUGAGCACAUUGUCAUCUGUGACAUCUCUCCCAAGUUUCAGUGGAAGUUUCUCUACAACCAUCUCAGCGAGCACCAUCUCAACCUCUUCAACAUCAGGUACAGGCGAUAAUGGUGGGAAUAUUCUGAGUGUUGGGCUCGGACUAUCAGGAACGCAGACAUAUGUAGAAAUUGGAGUAACAGUCCCUGCUAUACUUACAACAUCCUUGUCCGUCGGUGUGCAGGGACCAGUCACCCUUCCCCCUGUGGCCAGCGACAAGAUCAAUGUUGGAAUCGGAUUAGGUGGCGUUGACAUUGGAGUUACAGUUCCUGGGAUCAUUACUACGACAUUGGUGGCUGCCCUUACCCAGACUCCAACAACAACAACAACAACAACGCCCCCACCUACAGCCUCACCAAGUAACAUCCUGGACGUUGGUCUUGGUGUAUCUGGAACCCAGACAUAUGCUUCCGUUGGAGUCACCGUUCCUGCUAUCCUUACCACUUCACUGUCCGUUGCUGUUGAUGGGUCUGCCACACUUCCACCAACAGCCAGCGACAAAAUAAGCGUCAGCCUUGGCUCAAGCAGUGCAUCUGUCGGAGUGACAGUUCCAGGAAUACUCACUACAACACUAGUUGUUGCUUUACCAACUACUACGAGCACAACUUCCACCUCAGCAGGGUCUAACGGCAACAAUAUCCUUGACGUGGGCUUAAGUUCGUCAGGGACAAAGACUUAUGCAUCCAUCGGAGUAACUGUGCCGGCGAUUCUGACAACAUCUUUGGCAGUUGCUUUUGACGGUCCUGUCACUUUACCACCAGUUGCAAAUGAUCGAAUCAAUGUUGGAGUUGGUCUUGGUGGUGCGUCAGUUGGUGUUACUGUACCCGGUAUUAUAACCACAACUAUAGUCGUUGCCCUCACCACUUCAACCCCGACGCCGACAGCGAAUCCUACGACGACAACAUCAACAGCAGAUAACGGAGGCAAUAUUCUGAAUGUUGCUCUUGGGACUAGUGGUACACAGACCAUUGCAUCAGUCGGAGUGACUGUUCCAGCGGUCCUUACAACCUCACUCGCAGUAGCCCUCCAGGGACCAGUAACGCUCCCGCCUGCAGCAAGUGAUCGAAUCAACGUGGGGGUCGGACUCAAUGGCGUAUCAGUUGGAGUUACCGUUCCGCAGAUUCUAACAACAACAAUUGUUGUUCCAUUAGCUGCCACACCGAGUACCUCGACUCCAACAACAACUACCACAACCUCUGCACCUUCGGUAGUGACAACGUUACCAAGCACCGUUACGACGCUUCCAACUGUCGCUCCAACCUCCUCUGUCAAUGGCGGGAAUAUACUCAGUGUAGGCCUUAGUUCAUCAGGAACAAAAACCUAUGCACAGCUCGGCGUGACCGUCCCCGCGAUUCUAACUACUUCCCUUAAGGUCUCCGUUAGCGGUCCUGUAACUCUUCCACCUGUUGCGAGCGAUAAGAUAAAUGUUGGCAUUGGUCUGGGCGGCGCUUCUGUUGGUAUUACUGUUCCAUCCAUUAUUACUACUACAAUUGUAGUACCUUUGGCUCAGACAUUAUAA